AUCUCAGAGCUAUGGAAGUUUGAUCGCUCCCUCGGAUGCACUUUGAAACACCUGCUCUCACAGCGGCCUUGACGUUCGCGUCGUCUACCAGCGCUCAAUCCGUUCUUGCCUCCCUUUCUCCGUGCAUACCCCCUCUCCCUGUCGUCUUGGCGUCAUAUCCUCCAACCGUAUCUACGGACGGCAUCGCAAACGCCUCUUCCGUUCUCGAUGAUCUAGUCACUGCGGCCUUCAACGCAAACCAUACCGGAACUCCCAAUAUUGACAGUCUCGUUCUUGCGGUCGUCACUGCGAAUGGCACCGUGUUUGAGAAGGGGUAUGGUAUCAGAAUAGCGAACGAGACCGAUUCUUCUCUGCAAGGCGGAACUCCUGACAAAAACACUAUUUACCGGGUCGAUUCCACCUCGAAGCUCAUCACUGCCGCCGAGACCAUGUAUCUCAAGCAGCAAGGCCUUGUUUCUCUUGAUGAUCCCAUAACCAAAUACUUCCCCAACCUCACCGAAAUCGCACAAUCGAACCCCUCCGUCGACCCCUCGCUCUGGACGCUCCGUUCCAUAAUGGGCCACAUCGCGGGCCUCCCCGCCAAUAUCCCCACCAACCUGACCAACUGGCCCCAGAACACGACCACGAACAGCACCGCGCCGACCCUCGCGGAAACCACGGUCGACGACCUCUUCAACGCGAUCGCGACGACGAACCAGCCGCUGCCGAUGUGGAGCUGGCCGAUGUACUCGAAUUUAGAUUACGCGUUGACUGGGAUGGUCAAUAUGGCUGUGGCGAAGGAUCCGCCGGCGACACAUCUGGAGUUGUUGCAAAGGGAUCUGUUUGGGCCGUUGGGGAUGAACAGUACGGCGCUUCACCCGGACGACGAUCAGGCGAAGAGGUUUGCCGUGUGUUCGACGGAUCCUUCGAUCGCAGACAACUUAAGUCCGGUAGGGGACCCUGCUGGUGGACUUUUCACCUCCCUUGCCGAUAUGGAGCUCAUGAUGCAGAUGAUGCUCGACACCUCGAAGAACAACAGUAUCUUGACACCGGCAACGAUGCGGGAAUGGCUCCGACCAGUCAGUGCGCUUUGGGAUGACGAGUUUGAGAUGGGUCUUCCUUGGGAGAUCUUCAAGCUCAGGAACACGCACGGAAGAGUCGAGAGACUGUUCACCAAGAGCGGUUCCGGAGAUGCCUACCAAGCUUCCUUCGCGAUCAACCCCCUCUCCGGUGGACGCUUUCCAGCCUUCGACAAUCUCAAGGACAGCAUCUCUGCCGAUCUCUACCAGGGCGACUGGACCUCUUCCGACGGUCAGACCUAUAUCAAUAUCAGUCUCGACGAUGGGGCGUUAUGGGCUCAUCAGGUCAUUCUGGAGGGGACGGACGCCGUAACGUUGCUGCUGGGUGCGGUUGCGGCUGGGGAUAAGGUAACGUUGUGGCCUACGUUUAGGCCGGGCGUGGAGGAGUUCAGGAUCUCCUUCGGGUUCUCUGGUCAAAACGGCAUCCCAAACUGGCGUUGUAUGGUUCCCGUGGUAGAUCUCGACAUCGGGUACAACUUCGGACAUCCGACCACUCAGUUGUUAUUCGGAAAUGACCCGAAUGGCCAGCGGUACUUGAGCGUUCCAGCUACAGGUGCGAUACUGUACCGCUCGUGAAGCCUCGAAUGAGCUACGUCGAGGCUAGUUGUAGUUGCACAAUGGUGGUGCCAUGGAAUCGUCGGGUAUUCUGAAGGCACCAUAAGGUCUGCGUACAGAUUUCACGGACAUCAGACUGUAGGCCAUGUGUAGAUCUUACUUCUG